AUGUUGAGACAAGCUGUCCCCCUGCAGCCUAUGGAGGUUAAUGAUAGAGCAGAUAUCCACCUGCAGCCUGUGGAGGACCCCAUGAUGGACUCCUACCCGACCUGGUGCCCUCCACCUACUCCAAUAGCUCUGUUUACCAGGACCCCUGCACCUGCCGAGGGAGCAGUGUGUGGGUGUAGAAGGGCAGACUCAGCACUUGGGAACGCUACGCUGCAGCACCAUGCGUCCGUUGCUAAGCGACCGUUUCCAGGCGCUGGCCUCCUCGGCGAAGCGGCGGCCAUGGCGGGUGGGUGGCGAGAUGUAGCCGGGGUGCGAAUCGCCCCGGCCCAGCUGUGCUUCAGGGACGCGGUGCCGGGCGGCCGCUACCGCGCCGCGCUCAGCGUCCAGAACCUGCGGGUGGAGAGCUGUCGUCUGCAGCUGCUGCCGCCGGACCGGCCUCAGUUUAAAUUGAUUGUGGAAAAUCCAGAAAAACCUGUUGCAUCUGGACUUCAAGUUACAGCUUUUGUGGAAUAUUUUCCCGAGACUGAAGAAGAUCUUCAAGACAGACUAUGUCUUUUAAUAGAAGAUGACUUCGUUGAUAUCCCUCUGCUUGUUCUCUGCAGAUUAAUCCCUUGCUGUUUUCUGGAAAUUGAGUCGGAGAUUAGUUUUGGUGCAGUGAUUGCAAACAGUAAAAUAAUUAGUAAAGAAAUUAGUAUUGCUAACCGUGGAUCAUCUCCAGGUAGAUUUAAAGUAUCAUAUGAUGGGGUUGUCCCACUUAACAUAGAACCUACCAGUGGAAUCGUAGAGCCGAAAUCUGUAAAGAUGGUUAAAGUGGAUCUCUGCACAGAUGUACCCAGAAUCAUCAAGGAAGUGUUAAAAGUGGAGUUGGAAGGUCGUGAUUGUGCUGAAGUACAGAUCCAAGCUAUUGUAGUUCAACAAAUUGUUAAAGUUUUAGGAGUGCCUUGUGGAAAUGUACUGGAAUGCGUUAACUUUGGACCAGUUUACUUUGGAUCUUCAAAAACUGAACAAAUAUGUUUAUACAAUGAAAGUCCUGAGUGUAUGGACUGGGUAGCAGUACUGGAAGACAAUGCCAUUGGAGGAGAGAUGGGGACAGAACUUCAGAGGAGUACAGAUGCUGUUUUACAAGAGUUAAGCCUCAAAAACAGAACAAGAGAUGUAGAUGUUUCCACCUUGAUCUUGUGCAUUCCCAAUCAAGGAACCCUGCAACCUUACGAAAAAUCUUUGGUUACGUUGUGCUUUACUCCAAGAAUAUUUAAGAGGGACUUUGGAGUGAAUGACUCAGCACUGAAACAAGAUUAUGUGCUAUUUCUGAGAUUCGAAGCUGCUGGGAAUAAAGAUGGUUAUCUGCAGACUCUCAGUGAUGGUGCCACAGAGAUCACAAUGAAACAUCCUCGGCCCACGGAGUUAGCUUUGACAGGUUCUGGGAUUCCUGUCACACUAACUUUUAAUCCAGGACCAGUUUUUAAGUUUAUGGACUGUUUUUUGGGUGAACAAACACAAGUUCUAUGCACACUUAAAAAUGAAUCUGAGUUGCUUCCAGUAACAUUCAGCUUCCACAAGAUGGCUCACUUCAAUAUUUCUCCUGAAAAAGGAAAAAUUAAACCAAAAUCUGCAAAGGAUGUGAUAUUUUCUUUUUCUCCACAUCAAAUAGGAACAUUUAAAGUGAAGCAGGUUGUUGAUAUAAUUGGUACAGGACUAGAGAGAAAAAAAUUACAGAUUUUGAAGAAAACAUCCUUUCACCAAAUAUAUUUGAGCUUUACUGGUGUGUGCAAAUCGAAACAAAAAAACAUUCUAUUCAAAAUCAAUCCUGGUCUAACACCAAUGAUUUCCAAUGCAACUGGAUGGUUUGUAGCUGAUGGGAUAGGACAGUGCACUGAUACAGCACCCGUGGCAAUGCUGAAAUCAAACCAAACACAAAUUCACACUCACCGGAUAAACAGGAACUGUAAGGAGGAUGCACUUAUAGCUUUUCCUAAUGACCGUGCAGCCAGCAUUAGGCCAAGUGACAGGAAUGAAAAAUACAGGACUAUUUUCACAAAGACUGAGAGAUAUAAUUAUAUAGAUCCAGAGUUUUCUUACACUGACCGUGAACAACUAGCAAAAGCAGCACAUAAGGACUACUACUCAUACUUCAUUUAUAAUUUAAGGCAGCGUCGUUUGCAGAAAGAUGCCACUAGGCAGUUUUAUAUUUAUAACAAUCCUGUGAACAUAGGCCUUAAACCAGCUGAAGGGCUCUUGUCACCAAAGAUCUCAGUCACAGAUAUUCACAAGGAGAAGUUACAGUUCAGAAAGCUCCCUUUAGAUGAGAAUUGCCUAUUAACUAGUCGAAAACUGGAGGCAAUUGGUUCUAACUCUUCAGUCAAAGAAAUUACAAGUGGGCUCAGUGCUUUGCCAACUUCUACUCAAGAGAAGGAAGACUGUAGUCGAACUUUGACAUCCAAGCAGCUUCAUCAAAUAGUCAUUGCUCCUUCUACUAUGGAUUUUGGUGAUGUUUGUGUAUAUUCGAUAACAGAUAGAAAACUGCACAUCAUCAAUUAUUUGUUAGUUCAUAUAUGGAUAAAAAUCAAUAUUGAAAUUGAUGAACUGCAGCGAACGAGUCCAUUGUCUCAGGUGGUGCCUCCUCUUACAAAGACUCAUAUUCCAAUUGUAUUUGAGACAAAUACUCUUGGAAUGUUUAAAAGAUCUUUCACUUACACAAUAAACAACCAACACCGUGGGCAUGUGCUCGUAGUUGCAAAAGCAGUGUCUGUUGAACUUGAGCUGUCUGCAAGGGAAGUGAUUUUAAAUCCUGUUCCUGGAUACCUGGCAGAAGAAGAAUUUAGAGCAACUGUCAGGGUACACAACCCCAGAAACCACCCUGCUGAGUUCACUUGGAAGCCUGUAAUUACAGAUAGAGGAAAUGCAUUUUCUGUACGGCCAGCCAAAGGCUUUGUGGAGGCCUACAGUGAUCUGGAAUGUGAAGUUCUUUGGUAUCCAGGGUUCAGCUCUCCAGAGACAGGAGAAUUCAACUUGUGUGUGUGUGAAGGAAACACAAUUAACUUGAAAUGUGUUGCAAAGCUUGGUCCUACUAAGGUUCAGUUUAUGGAGCAAAGGAUAUCCUUCAGCCAUAGUCCAAUGGGUUUGUCUACUUGUAAGGCAGCCAUUCUUCAAAACAUAGGAUACAAUCAUGCAUACUUCCAAGUUCUUGAUUCAAACCCACUACCUGGAAUGAAGAUCACCCCUUCUGAAGGGGUGAUACCUGUGGGAGGCCAUGCGGUUCUCAAAAUCUAUUUUUCUCUGAAUGCAAAAAUGAGUUUUGAUACAAGAGUGGAGGUGGCAGUGCGAAAUUCAGGCGUGUUAGUGCUUCGGAUCAAUGGAUUUGUAGAGGUCCCUGAAAUAAACAUUGAUUUGGAACUAUUUGACUUUGGUGAUGUUUAUCUUGGUUCUACAAAAUCAAUUCCCUUUUUGCUGCAGAACAAAGGACAAGCAUGUACCAGAGUGGAGUUUGACUUUUCUAACUAUAAGGACUUUAAGUUGAAUGCAAAUGACCAUUCAGUGGUUGACUGCUGUUCUUCAAAGCCUUAUUCAUAUUUAGUUAACUUAAAGGGAAAGUCAGCUUUGCAGUGCUUCUUGUCCUUCAUGCCAAAAGAGGUGGCAGCAUAUGACUUCACUCUUCCAGUUAAUACUCCUCGGGCUGACUUCCCAGAGUCAGAACCAAGCCUUGAAGCUUCUGUUGGAUCUGCAAAGCACGUUGUUGCUCCUCGGCCACAGGCAGUGACUGUGGCAAUUCCAUUCCGUAAAGUUAAAGCAGUUGUACUUAAGUCACCUUUGAAGUUUUCCUCAAUGGAGCUUAAAUUUGCACAACAUUUAAGUGGCAAACAUUUCAAUACCACUGCUCAAAGUCUAAAUUCUCAGAAGCUUGAUCUGAAGAAUAUCUCAAGACAGCAGUUGGCAUGGAAAUUGUAUUGUGAUGAUGCAGGCAAAAAUACAGAAGACAGUGUUUUUAAAUUUAGUCCCCAGAUUGGAUUUCUUGAUCCAGAACAAAAAGUCAGUAUUGCUGUAUUCUUCUGCCCUUCUCAUCCUGGGAUAUAUACAUCUGAAAUGUCACUGUGUUUAAAUGAUAGUCCACCACAUUACAAAAUAAGAUUGUCUGGCACUGCCAAGUCACCAAAAAUAAAUUUUGAUCCCCGCUUUGUAAUGCUGACACCAGUUCCUCUGGAUGUGAAAACUGAAACAGUCAUCACUGUUAUUCCAGAAGAUUAUUUAAGGCAAUCACGACUUCAGGUUGAACUUCCAGAGCUUGAACUUGAAGAUGGUGACAGGAUUUGUCCUUUUACUGCACAGUUCACAGAAGGUCAAGAUAUUGUUCUUUUAUCAGAUGGCACAAGUAAGGAACUAGUUUGUCACAUCAGCUUCAGAUCAUCUAGGCCAGCAUCAUUUUUAGGGAAUAUAUUCUUCAUCGAUGAAGAAGAAAACAGGUUCUUGAUUCAAGUUGCUGCAACAGCCGAGAAUUGCCUUCUUACUUUAUACCCAUAUUUGGCAUUUCACAGAUCUGAUCAUCAAAUUAUCUUGAGAAGCAGUAACAAAGAAAGCAGUAGUGGAGAAGUUAUUCUGCACCCGCGUUAUAUUCCACAAUCAUUUUCCCAUAGUAAUUUCUCAUCUUCCUUUGGUGCAACCACUGACUCAGCCUUUGUGUUCUUAGAGUUGGAAACUGCUUUUGAAAGUGAGAGUGAUGCAGAAAUGAGCAAAGAGAGCAAAACUGACAGUCAAAGUGAUGGGAGAGAAAAGAAAUGUAAAUUAUCAUUUUUCCCUGCUGAAGAUAAAGAGGAGUACAUCUUCUUUCAGAAAACCCGAGCUGCUGUUAAGAAAUGGUUCACUCUCUUUGGUUGGCCUAAUGGACAAAAUCCUAUCUCAAUCCCAUAUUCACUAAGAAGAGAUGUGUGUAAAGUCCAGACGAGCUCUUCAGAAGAAAAGGGUUUUAAACAAAACCUUGGCAAAGAUGCAAAGACUUUGUAUGAUAUGUUAUUCCAUCUGAGUGGAGAAUUGUUACCAAGCACUACAUCAAGCCAGUCACUGCACCUUGAACCAGCUGAACGAGUGUUGCAGCUCCACUGUGAGCAUUCUGCAUUACUUGCUUUCCUUAAAAGCAAAGGAGCAUAUCUUCCACAUGUUAUGCCAGAAUUUCUGCUUGAACCUGAUGACUACAAGAAAUGGAUUCAAGUGCAAAUUGUUCUGAAGAGUCACAUGACUGAGUUGAAAAAAGGAGAUAUGGAAAACUCAGACAAGCAUCUGUUCGUUCUGGAGGACAGCACAUUUGAGACAAUGAGCAAACGAGCUUGGACAGAUGUGCUACUGCAGAUAUACAAGGUGUUUGUCCUUCCUCGUGUUUCUGCGUGUAACGUUACUAAUCUGCCCAGCUUGGGAAAAGUGCAGAGCAUGCCAAGAAUAAAAUCAGAGCCUUUAUCCAGCAAUAUAUAUUCUCCACAUGAACGAACCAUCCUCACCUGGUUGAAUGAACAUUAUGAGAAGAAUCGAAAAACUGUGUGGAAAGAUUGUCAGAAAGGUGAAGUGCCACCAAUGAGAUGGAUAGUAAAUUUUGACCAAGAUCUUCUAGAUGGUCUGGUACUGGCAGCACAGCUGGCAGCUUAUUGUCCAUAUUUGAUUGCUACUCACUUUGUAAGAAUGUAUACUAAACCAAAAACUCCUGAACAGUUUCUGCACAACUGUUUGAUACUUGUGAAUGCUAUGAAUGCUGUCAGUCUGGCUAUGGGCAUAAAGGCCACUGACUUUUGUGAUCCAAAUCCAGUCAUGAUGCUUGUUCUGUGUGUCUACCUAUAUGAAAAUCUCCCUCACUACUUACCGAAGAAGACUAUAGAAUUUACAGGUGCUCUACAUGAAACUGUUGUUAAACAGGUGUGUCUGAAAAACCCAAGCAGCAAAGCCUUGAUGUACAAUGCUGUUCUUGUAGGAAGAGAUGCUGAUGAUUUCUCAUUACCUAAAGGAAACACUGUUACCAUUGCCCCUAAUCUGUGUGCGUGCAGGGAAAAGCCCAGAGGAGUGCUGUAGAUUCUGAAGGGUAUAAAUCACACUUAGAUCCUUAAUAAAUUUUAAAUGUUUGCACUGAUUGCUCUGAAAAUAAAUUCAAAGCCCUUUCAUCACACGAAUGCUUUUAGAAAUUCCAUUGCAGAGGAUAUAUUAAAAUGCAAAUCCCCAUGUUAUGAGCUGAAAAAACUUACCCUGAAUGUUACCAAUCCCUUCAGAACUGAUGGCAUAUUCAGGGUAAUUUUGAUGGAAUCCACAAGUUACUUAAUACAGCCAGAGCAAGUAUAUCAAGCCAUGCAAGUAAAGCAAGAGCAAAUGUUCAGUUCUGAAAAUGAAAUAUUGGAUUUUAAAAAUGAUGUGCUACCUGAAGAUCUAAAUGAAGAGAACAACUUAAAUUGCUCUUGCCAAUCCAGCCUCCUGCCUGAGUUCUUCAGUCCCAUGGAAGACCUAUUCUUGGAAGGGAAAGGGUCUGCAGGCUUAGAUAUUCACUUCCUUCCCUUUAAUCUGGAGAAACGUUACUGCACUGUCAUUCUGGUUAAUGAACUGAUUGGAGAGUUCAUAUACCUGAUAGAGGGAACAGGGGAUAUACCUUUGCCCUCAGAACUGCUUCCAAUGGAUAGUCCAAAUGUUUUGCAUGUCAGCAGUACAUUAGAAGGUCCCAGUACAGGAAAACCAGUUUUAUUUUUAAAAUGUGUCCUUGGUCAGAUUCUUGAAGAAAAUCUGAGUAUUCCAUUGAUCAAUAAGUCAAGAGAGAGGGCUCUGGCCAUUGCUGCACAACAGCAGAUGUCUACUAUUGAGUAUGAGAGAAGAAAGAUCACAGGGACUCUGCAGAGCAGUAGUGUUCGAGUAGCAACUGCGUUGUUAGGGCUGUCCAGAGUAGAGAGACAUGCACUCCUGAAUGCCAGCAAAUUCCCCCCAGAGUUGAAGUGUGUGGACUACAGUGUAGAAGUGAGCAUGCCAGAGUUCUUUGAGGUUCCUGAGAAGUUCUCUAUUCCAGUCUUGGCAUCUAGCAGAGUUAAUUUAAAAGUUCAGUCAGCAAAAGAUGUUUCAUCCCAGAAAGGAGGCAGAAGUGAUGCAGUUGAGCUUCCUGUAAAAUUCGUUUCUCAUUCUGCUGGUUGCUAUCACUGUCAGAUUCUUCUGAAGUCCUCUCACGAUGUCCGUGUCUAUGAGAUUGAAUGUGUAGUGAACACAGACCAUGCUGAAGCACAGCUUCAAUUUGUAACUCCAAUUUAUCAGGCAGUGGUUCAGGAUAUUCCAAUUAGUAACAUGUCCAGAAGGGACUGGACACUUGAAGCAAUUUUGGAAGGGCAGGGAUUUUAUGGCCCUCCUCUAAUAAAUGUGGGUCUGGGUGAACAAGCUCUGUAUCCUCUCACGUUCAAUCCUAUUGCUGAGUGUGUAACAAUGGGAAGGCUUAUUCUGCGCAAUGAUGCAGCUGGCACUGAGACCAUCUUUAGCCUUAAAGGAAUAGGGCAGAAACCUCUGGCACAGGAUUGUGUUGUGAUACAUUGCCAAGUGAGAAAGGUGACUCAAAAGAUUUUGUGGGUGCCCAAUUAUACCAAGAACAAGUUAACAUACAAGGUGUUUUCAGAUCUUUCAGUGGUGGGUGGUUUACCUGUUAUUACUGUAGAACCAGAUGACAAAGUCGCUUACGUUUUGAGUGCAUCUCCGUGGAGACGAGGAAUCUUUCAAGGUGUAAUUUCAUUUGUUGCUGAAGAUGAAGACCAACAACAGUCUCAACAUAACAGCUCACCAGAGAAGACAGAUGGUGAACAGGCCCUUCAGAAGCUGUCAGCAGAGACACCACAAACUCUUGAUGUGGCAAACAUGGGAGAAAGUUCUUCAAAUUGCAAAGUGUGGUUCUCCGUAAAGAUUAUCAGCAUGCCUGCAGCAGCAGAAAGAGAGAUGGAUGUGAGAUGCAGAGCUCUGGAUACUGUUGAUAUUCAAAUUCCCAUCACUAAUCCUGCAGAUAAAAUUCUCCAGAUGAGUGUGGUGCUGGAGAAUCAGUCACUUUCUGGACAAAAGGCUGUCACUCUUGGGCCUAAACAAACAUUUUUGUAUCAAGUGAAGAUAUCCCCACCUGCUGUUGGCACUUCAGAUGGAAGUGUGAUAUUCCUGUCAGAUAUGGUUGGAGAGUUUUGGUAUGCACUGAAGUUGAUUGUAGAGAAACCGCUGCCAACUAGACUACCCGAAAUAAAAUGUGAGCUUGGAAAGUGUGCUCAUCUAUACAUACCUCUCAUUAAUCCUACACAUGAAACUCUGAAGCUAGAAAUUGUUAACAGCAAUCCUAUCCAUUUUUCAACUGAGACUGAUCCAAACCAGCCUCUGAUUGUUGCUCCUCAUUCCACCACUGAGGUACCUGUGCAAUUCUGUCCAUCUGCCCUUGGAAGAGGCAAUCACAAGGCAUCAAUAACCUUCAAAUGCUCACAGCUUGAAGAGUGGAUAUUUCACCUUUCAGGGACUGGUCUUCCUCCUGAGCUGAUGGAACCAACCAGCAUAAGUGCAUGCAUUGGCCAAUGUUCUUCUGUCAUCAUAGCCUUCAAAAAUCCAACUCAUGAAAAUGUGGUGAUUGAUGUCAUCCUGACAGAUCAGGAACAGUCCAUUUAUGAUGUCAGUGCAUCUGUCCCAUCCAAGUCUACCAGUACAGAAUUUGCUUUUCACCUUCUGCUUAAACAACCACGAGGAGCUCGAUUAGCUCCCAAAGAAAAACUGGACAUCCCGGUGUUAUUCAUGCCAGACACAAUGAAAAUGUAUGAGGCUGUGGUGGUAAUUCAUGUAAUGAGGGAAAAUAGUGAAAACUGGCCUUAUGAGGAUCCUGAGGAAUUAAAUAAAGACUUAAAGAGUGUUACUGUAGCAGAGAAUGGUGGACUUCAGGAAAUACGCUGGAUCUAUCCUGUUCAUGGAAUACCUGAAGCAGUGCAACAGAAAUUAGUUCCAGCUGUGAUAUGCUGUCAAGCCAGGCAGAGAGUAGAAAGAAGAGUAGAAGUGCCACUGACUGGUGUAGUUCCUGGUGCAACUGCUAUACCUGCAACAAGAAAUUCUGCCAUGCCUAAUACAAAUAAUCCAGCCAACACCCAAGAAGAAAUUCAACACACUGAUGGACUCUCUACAACAGGGGAAUUUGUGUAUGAAUUGCAAUAUCAAUCAAAUGAAAUUAAACCUCAGCUUGAGUCUUUGGUUGAUAUGCAUCUGGUUGAACAAGAACAGGAUACAGAAUCUGGAAUCAUAACACUGAUCUUUAAUACCGUGUUUGCACCCAACAAGCCAAUAAGGAACGAAGCAACUCUUGUAGUACAGUGCACCACAGGAGGUGUUUGGAAGUUUCCAAUGCUGUUCAUUGCUAUGGAGCCAGAAGUGGAUGAUAUCAUCAACAUUGAAGCAGUUGGCCUGAAUAAGGAAUCUAUAGUUGGCUUUAACCUUACAAGCCAGACAAGGUACCCAGAGGCAUUCACUGCACACUUCCUGGCAGGAAGCGAUCCUGAGUUCCAUGUGCUGCCACAAACAGGAGAACUUCUUCCAGCAGGCACUGUGGGAACCCAUAUAACAGUGGGAUUCAAACCAAGGAUGUAUGGCAAGAAGCAUAGAGCAACACUAAUAAUUGAGACACAGUCAAUGCAGUGGAUGUAUGAAAUCAAUGGACUGCCUCCAGAGACCAUACCACCUACAAGGCCAGCAAAAGUUGUUUCCACUAACAGUUACAAAAGAUCAGCCAGAGUUCGGCAGCGCAAUUUUGUACGUGAAAAUCUGAAACUUACAACCACUGCAGUAUCCUCACCAGUCAAGGGGGCACCUCUGGUCCUGAGGACUAAACAGAGAAAGUCAUGA